CCCAAGACUCUGGCACUUGGGCCCCAAUCUCUGGUACCCAGAGACUCCAGGCCGGAAGCCCUCUCAUUCCAGCUGCCCUUUCUGCCCUUCGGCCCCCUCGGGGCUGCCUGGGUGCUGGGACUGGCAUGAUCAGUUGAAAACUUUGCAGGGUCAGCUCUUCUCUGUGAUUUCCCCUCUGCGCCUCCGAGACGAGGGGAGCUCAGAGUCCUGGGCUCAGGACGGACAGAAAGACAGCCUGCCAACCGCGCCCAGGCUCGCCCGCAGAGCCCCUGCAUUCCCCGCCCCCGCCCGCCUCGCCGGGACCAUGUCCAAACCUUCAGACCACAUCAAGAGGCCCAUGAAUGCCUUCAUGGUAUGGUCCCGAGGCCAGAGGCGCAAGAUGGCCCAGGAAAACCCCAAGAUGCACAACUCGGAAAUCAGCAAACGCCUAGGCGCGGAAUGGAAGCUCCUGUCCGAGGCAGAGAAGCGGCCUUACAUCGACGAAGCCAAAAGGCUGCGAGCCCAGCACAUGAAGGAGCACCCCGACUACAAGUACCGGCCACGGCGUAAGCCCAAGAACCUCCUAAAGAAGGACAGGUAUGUCUUCCCCCUGCCCUACCUGGGCGACACGGACCCGCUCAAGGCGGCCGGCCUGCCCGUGGGGGCUUCCGACGGCCUCCUGAGCGCGCCCGAGAAAGCCCGGGCCUUCUUGCCGCCGGCCUCGGCGCCUUACUCCCUGCUGGACCCUGCGCAAUUUAGCUCCAGUGCCAUCCAGAAGAUGGGUGAAGUGCCCCACACCUUGGCCACCAGCGCGCUACCCUACGCGUCCACCCUGGGCUAUCAGAACGGCGCCUUCGGCAGUCUCAGCUGCCCCAGCCAGCACACGCACACGCACCCGUCCCCCACCAACCCGGGCUACGUGGUGCCCUGUAACUGUACUGCCUGGUCGGCCUCCACCCUGCAGCCCCCAGUCGCCUACAUCCUCUUCCCAGGCAUGACCAAGACUGGCAUAGACCCUUAUUCGUCAGCCCACGCUACGGCCAUGUAACCCCCAGCUUGGCCCGGACUUGAAGGGUGGUGUGGAAGCAGAGAUACGAAUCCUUUCCUUUGCACCUAGUCUGGCCCACAGAUGCCUCUGGGUCCGGCCUGCCGCUGCCCCUUGCCCACCCCAGACGCUGCCUCUCUCUCUCUUCCAGGGGGGAAGGGAGGGGCCGUCAUCCUGGACCCAAGGCACAGACUCGUGCCGUGCCGGAAAUUUCCAAACAUUAAGACAACUACACAUUUGGCCCUUUCCCGACUCUCCCAAAGCAAUCUCCGACUGAAUCCCCUUUGGACAAAAAAGUAGGCAAUUUUGCUUUAUUUACACCCCCACUCCCCUCUCCUCGGACAGGCUUUGGACUCGGAACUCCCAGAUCCUGGUACUAUAUCCAGAA